UGAGCGCCAUCGAUGCACAGCCGGUGUUGAUGCUGCUUGUUGCAGUAGCGUUCCCGCGAAACGCCAAACAUUUACGUGCAUACACAAUCUUGUUUCCGUUGGGUGCAAGUGAAUAAAUAAUAACUGUGACAUUAAAAGUGUAUUAUUUAUUAACCAAUAAACUAAAGACACUUAAACAAGUUUUUAAAAUAAUAUUAUUUAAAUAAAAGUGUUUAUAUUCGUGACACUUUGAGCGAUAAGAGUGCGGUGUUGCUUGGGUAAAUUUUGGCGGUUUAUUUUGACCUGAUUUUAAUGAAUAUUAAAUGAAUUACUGGAUAAAUAAAUGUUUUUACUGUAAUAUAAAGGUCAGGUAAUAUAAUAAAACAAUAAUUUGAAUUAUUUAACAAGGAUUUAAAAGGAUAAAUACGAAAUAAAUAGAUGCGCUGAAGUGGUACGUUGGCGGACUUUAACUCGGUGCAAUAGCUGCAUUAUUUAUGGGUUUUAAGUGAUAUAACUUUGCAUAAAGUAUUGUUAUAUAUUUAUUUAUAUUGUGGGACAAUUAUUUAAUGAUUUUACAAUUAUAAUAAUUUAUUUUUUCGAGGUUAUGUUAAGUGUACAGAGGGCGUGCCAGUACCGGAUUACAUACAAGGGUUGGUCAUCAUUUCGCGCGCUGGUCUCCCGCGCUCUGAUUAUAUUAUUUUAUUAUUUUCGCGGAAUAAAUUUAUAUAUAUGAUAAUAAAUACGUUAAAUAAUAAAUCUUAAUGAUUUAAAUGAUUUGAUGAAUUUUAAAUAGUUAGUUAAAAAAAUUUUUUCAACUUGAAAAAAAAAAAAAAAAAAAAGUUGAAAUUGAUCACGGACAAUCUCGAGCAUUAUGGCGAUUCUGUGAACCCAAGCAACGCAUACUCAUUUAUUAUUUAACUUGUGGUAGUUAUUAUUUAUCAUAUUAUUUAUAAAUAAGUGCCGGUAUUAUCCGCAAAAACUAUUUACUUUAGUUUGAAUAAAUUAAAUAAAUAUUUAAUACCAUAUAUACGGGUAUCACACGUCAGCAAAUCAGCAUCAAGAUGCCACAAGCUAGUUUUCAAGAACAAAAUGCCUUUCAAUCCUGCCCACUCAGUACCAAGUCCCAGACUCUGAAACGCAAACGAAAAAACACUGAGCCCUCUGAAGACACUGAAAAUAUUUACCCACCAACAAAACAACAACAAUUAGCGGUAUCACCGAGUACUUGUAUUGAGUCAUGCAAUGACGUAUCUUAUAUUGAAGAAGUAAAAACACCUCAGCAUCAAAUAGCACAGGAAACAGAACGAAGAGAGCCAUCAACAUGGUCGGAGCUUCGUACAGCGACAUGUUUUCUCACUCCAUCAACAUCAACAAGUGGAAAACACAAUCCACUUCCGUCAUUUCCUUGGGCUGAUGGGUCACAAGUGUGGUCAAUGCUCUGUCUGGGUGAUCAAAAAACUUUGGCACAGAGGGAUCCACAAAUGUUCCAAAGGCAUCCAACUCUACAGCCACGUAUGCGGGCUAUUUUACUCGACUGGUUGAUUGAAGUUUGUGAAGUUUAUAAACUACAUAGAGAGACUUAUUAUCUGGCUAUGGAUUACAUUGACAGAUAUCUAUCGACACAUCAGAAUGUACCAAAAAAUCAAUUACAACUUAUUGGCAUCACAUGUUUAUUUAUCGCAGCAAAGGUUGAAGAAAUAUAUCCACCCAAAAUAGCUGAGUUCGCGUAUGUAACAGAUGGAGCAUGUACUGAAGACGAAAUUCUUGGAAAAGAAUUGGUAGUUUUAAAAGGACUUGGAUGGAAUUUAUCUCCAGUAACGCCUCCGGGAUGGUUGAAUGUUUACAUGCAACUGGAAUCCGGUGAUUGGGGGCGACCAAAUGCGUUUAUUUACCCUCAAUACAGUGGCCUUCAAUACACUCAAGCAGCCCAGCUUCUGGACCUUGCGACUCUAGAUGAAGGCAGCUUGAAAUUCCCGUACAGUCAUAUGGCUGCUGCGUCAAUUUAUCACACACAGGGAAGAGAAUGUGCAUUAAGAGUAUCAAGACUUACUUGGGAACAGCUGAGUCCGUGUGUCAAAUGGCUUGCGGCAUUUGCAUCAACACUUGCUGAUGAAGGAUCGCAAUUGUUGAGAUCAGCUGUUACACCCGUUGAAACUAAUUCUGGUUCAGGACUGCGGGCCUCUGUACCUAAUAUUGUUUUAGACGAGAGUCAUCGUAUUCAAACUCACGUUAUUGACUUGAGUAUGUUAGAAAAAGCACAACAAAGACAUGAAAGUAAUGAAUUACCUCUUGAAGUGUUUGAUCAGAAUUCGAGUUUAGGUACACCAGGUAGUCCUGAUCAAAGUGGACUUCUCACUCCUCCAUCCAGUAGUCAAAAAAAUUCACCAACUCCUUCACGGUUACCUCCACAACUUGAACCGUAUACGUAGAUUUUAAUAGAAGUAUAUCUUUAUUAUUAUUAUUAUUAACUUUUCUUUUGUGUCUUCGAUUAUUUUUUUUUAUACGAAGUGCCUUAAUUAUUAUUCUCGUGUUGAUGGUUUUUAAAGUUAUUUCAAACAAAUUGUUUGCAAGUUUGAGAGACUUUAUCAGUGAUAAUAUUAUUAUAUUUCUAUUAUUAUUAUUAUUAUUAUAUUAAUAUUAUUAUUAAACCGUUUAGUAAUGAAAGUAUAUUUAAAUUGAUGCCGCGUUUUUGAAAGUUCUUUUUUUUUUAUACAAAUGCAUUUAAAAAAAGAAAAUAAAUAAAUUUGAAAUUUAUUUUUUUUUCUUUUUCUUAAAAAACUUUGCCAUGCGGCAAUGAGUUUUCACUUUAUUUUUAUACAGUGAAAAAAUAAAAA